AUGACGACCAUUAUUAUAACGACCGGCACAGUAACAAGUGCUGACGGCACGACAAUCGCGUAUGAGCGCGGAGGCAGAGGCCCUCCCCUUAUCCUAAUCUCUUCUGCCCUGUCCUCGCGUGAAGACCUCCGCGGCCUAGCCUCCCUUCUCCCCUUCACUGUAGUCAACUACGAUAGGCGCGGCCGUGGCCACUCGACUGAUACACAGCCGUACACCAUCAAGAAGGAGGUGGAGGACAUUGCGGCUCUCCUGGCCAUUUACCCCUCGGCAGCGCUAUUCGGAACCUCGUCCGGCGCGGUCCUAGCCCUCGACGCGGCGUCCACUCUAAACGUUCCCGUAAUCUCAUACGAGGCGCCCAUCAUUGUCGACGCCUCCCGGCCUCCUGUCCCCCAUUCCCUCGCCGGCGAUAUCGACAAGUUGGUCGAAAGUGGCAAUCCCGCAGCGGCUGUGCGCUUGUUCAUGAAGCAAGGCCUGGGGGUCGGAUGGCUGGUCAUCGGCCUCCUCAUGGCCAUGUGGCCGAUGUGGCGCUCGAUGGUCUCAAUGGCCAAGACCGCAGCAUACGAUUGCCGGAUCUGCCAGGGGGUGCAGGAUUGCCGUCCACUCCUGGAUCGAUGGGGGUUUCAGGACAAGGAGAAGGUUCUCGUGGUGGUGGGCGAGAACGCCGACGAGUCCAUCCUGGUUGGGAACAAGGCUUUGGCCCACAUGAUCGGGGCUCGGCUUGAGGUGGUCAAAGGGGCGCACCACGCUUCCCCAGUUAUGAAUCCCAAGGUGCUUGUGGGGGUCAUUACCGAGUUCCUGGAGCCCACCAAGGUGGAUGGCAACGCGAUCGAGACCGCCGAGAUGAACACGAGCAUGGGCAAGACGGUGACCGAGAUCGACUUGGACGCUGUCAUCAAGGCUAAGGCUAAGGCUAUCACUGUUGAUCCGGUACACGACCAGGUCAAGUAG